GUUUCGAUUUCAGUUCCCUUCUUCUCAACUUGUGCCUGGGUUUCUGUUAUUUUGCAACUUCUAACAGUGGUUGUUCCAAACAGCCUGGAGCAGGAGGAAGCCCAGUGAAUGAGCCUAGUCAGCUGAGGACUUGUGCCCUGUUGCUGAGCCAGUGCUAGGGUGCUUGGCAUCUCAGUGGACCAUGGAGGCACCUAUUUGUCUGGUACAAAACUGGAAAGGGCAGCUGACGCUAAAUCCAGAGGCUAUAAGGAUUCUUGAGAAGAUAUCUCAGCCUCUGGUGGUGGUGGCCAUUGUCGGCUUAUAUCGUACAGGAAAGUCCUAUCUCAUGAACCGUCUUGCAGGACAGAACCAUGCAGGCCACAUAGGCAGCAGCCUCUCCCAAGGAUUUUCCUUGGGUUCCACAGUGCAGUCUGAAACCAAGGGCAUCUGGAUGUGGUGUGUGCCCCACCCCACCAAGCCCACCCAUACCCUGGUCCUUCUGGACACAGAGGGUCUUGGUGACAUAGAAAAGAGGGAGCUCGUGGGGUCUCUUCCUCUCCAGGUUUGUUUGGGUCUAAGGAUCUCUUCUAGUGUGUUCAAGCACGUCUAAUACUCCAAUGGAUCUCACUAUGGAUGCAGGGUGAUUCUAAGAAUGACUACUGGAUCUUCGCCCUGGCUGUUCUUCUAAGCAAACCAAAUUGACACAGCUAUUCCAGGCAAAAUCCAGCCCCAGAGAGGGUGAAGUAGAGGACUCUAGUGAGUUUCAUGAAUGAUAUAAACACAGAAAGAGAUAUUGGGAUUCAAGCUGAAGAUCAGGGGAGCAAAGCAGCCAAGCCAACAGACAGCUCUUUCAACUCUACUAAGGUUGGGGAGAUCCUGACCGCAAAGCAGCUGGAGACUACUUGCCAGUGACUGGAGACUGCUUGCCAAGGGCUGAAUACUGAAUGCUGCAUGAGACCCUGGGAUCCUUUUUAUAGACUUCUCUAGUGCUGGGAUUAAGGGCAUGAGCUAUUUCCCUUUUAGACUGUUUCACUCUCAUGUAGCCCUGGGUGACCUUGAACUCACAGAGAUCCAUCUGCCUCUGUUUCCUGAGUCCUGGGAUUAAAGGUGUGUGCCACCCCUGCCCCUCUUUUAGGACUGACUAGUGUGUCUGACUUUGCAUUCUGAUCUUCAGUGGGUUAUUUAGAUCAUAAAACAUAUCACCACAUUUUAGUUCUCCAAUAUCAAGUUCUAGGAAAUGGGUUAGUUUUGCAGAUUUCAAAAUUGUAUGAAGGUGGGCAAUGUCUGAGAGCACUUAUUCUUAGAUGAGUAAACAUGAGUAGUUAAAUACACUGUGAGUUUAGUGUUCAAAGCAACCGAACCCAAAAUAAUAUCAUAUGAGACAUUCUCAUUCCUACACUUCUCAAACUGUAUCUCAAAUACGGCAUAUAGGUAUUGCUUCAAAUCUAGCUCAUCCCAUUUCCAACUACCAGCAAUUUCUUAGCACUCUUCCACCUAGAAAAUUCUGCGAAACCGAAUGAUAUCUGUUACCAAACACUCUCCCAGAAUUCUGCAAGUUAUUGAUGGGUUGAGUACUUUUAGUUUCACUUUUCCUCCUUAUAAAUGUCCUUGCUGACAUUCCUCUUAUUCAGCUACCUCAGGAAAAAUUAUUUGCUAAACCUCUGGACCGCCCAGGAAGUUGGAGGAGAAAAGUCCAGGUGCAGAGCAUCCACAUGCAGGACUGAAGAAGCCUAGUGCCUCCCACUAAGUGGCUUUCUUGCCAAAGCAGAAGGAUUUCUGCUCCAGAGUACCAUGGAAAUGACCUCAGAAAUCAACAUGCCAGGCCCAGUGUGCCUCAUCGAGAACUCUGAUCAGCAGUUGGUGGCCAAUCAGAAAGCGCUGGAGAUACUGUCUGCUAUUAAGCAGCCUAUGGUGGUGGUAGCAAUAGUGGGCUUCUACCGCACAGGAAAAUCCUACCUGAUGAACAAGCUGGCUGGAAAGCAGAAGGGUUUCUCUCUGGGAUCCACAGUUCAGUCUCACACCAAGGGCAUUUGGGUGUGGUGUGUCCCUCAUCCUCAGAAGCCAGGCCACACCCUAGUUCUGCUUGACACUGAGGGCCUGGAAGACGUAGAGAAGGGAGACAACCAGAAUGACUGCUGGAUCUUUGCCUUGUCAGUCCUUCUCAGCAGCACUUUCAUCUAUAACAGUAUGGGAGCCAUCAACCAGCAGGCCAUGGACCAGCUGCACUAUGUGACAGAGCUGACUGAUCUAAUCAAAUCAAAGUCAUCACCUGAGCAGAGUGCUGUAGAUGACUCAGCUAACUUUGUGAGCUUCUUUCCAACAUUUGUGUGGGCUCUGAGGGAUUUCUCCCUGGAGCUGAAAUUUAAUGAAAAUUCUAUCACUCCUGAUGAGUACCUGGAGUGUUCCCUGGCUCUGAGACAAGGAACGGAUAAGAAAACUAAAAGAUUCAAUGAGCCUCGGCUAUGCAUCAGGAAGUUCUUCCCAGAGAGGAAGUGCUUUGUCUUCGACAGGCCUGCUCAGACAAAGCAACUUGCUAAACUAGAGACAGUUCCUGAGGGAGAGCUGAAUGUAGAGUUUGUGGAACAAGUUGCAGAGUUCACCUCAUACAUCUUCAGUUCUUCUGGUGUCAAGACCCUGUCUGGCGGCAUCACAGUCAAUGGACCACGUCUACAGAACCUGGUGCUGACCUAUGUCAAUGCCAUCAGAAGUGGAGAACUGCCCUGCAUGGAGAAUGCCGUCCUGACUUUGGCCCAGAUAGAGAAUGCAGCUUCAGUGCAAAAGGCCAUUGAGCACUAUGAAAAACAGAUGAACCAGAAGGUGCAGCUGCCCACGGAAACCCUGCAGGAGCUGCUGGACCUACACAGGCCCAUUGAGAGUGAGGCCAUUGAGGUCUUCAUUAAGAAUUCUUUCAAGGAUGUAGACCAAAAGUUUCAGAAGGAAUUAGGGGAGCAGUUGGUAGAAAAGCGAGAUGCCUUUAUUAAGAAAAACAUGGAUGUGUCAUCAGCUCGUUGCUCAGAUUUCCUGGAGGAUAUCUUUGGUCCUCUGGAAGAAGAAGUAAAGCAGGGGACAUUUUCUAAACCAGGAGGUUACUAUCUCUUUCUUCAAAGGAAACAGGAUCUGGAGAAAAAGUAUAACCAGACUCCUGGAAAGGGGCUCCAGGCUGAAGAGACGCUGAAAAAAUACUUUGAGUCCAAGGAGGCCAUGAUGGAUACACUUCUAAAGAUGGAUCAGUCACUCACAGAAAAGGAAAAGCAAAUUGAAGGAGAACGUAUAAGGGCUGAAGCUGCAGAGGCUGCAAACAGAGAAUUGAAGGAAAUGCAAAAGAAGCAUGAGCUGAUGAUGGAAGAAAAGGAAAGGAGUUACCAGGAGCAUGUGAAACAGCUGACUGAGAAGAUGCAGCAGGAACGGGAAGAGUUAAUGGCAGAGCAACAGAAAGUCAUAGCCCAUAAACUUCAGGAACAGGAACGGCUUCUCAAGGAAGGAUUUCAGAAUGAGAGCAGGAAACUUCAUCAAGAGAUAGAGAAAAUCAAGAGCAGUAAGGCACCUUCAGCAUGCACCAUAUUCUAAAAUUCAAACCAACUUCACCACUUUACCCAGGUCUUACUCAUCAAGGAAUUUUCUGCUGGGCCAACUUUGGACUGUGAAGCAACUUGACAUUGAGCUAUACUAUUGUGCUGGGAGGAGGGUGAAAAUAAAAUUAACAAAGUCCUGUUCUGCCUA